CGUCAUUGGCCAUCCAAGGCAACACGUGUAUCUGUGAAUAAGCUGAAACAGUUGAGUGAUAUGUCCUUUUAAUUCACUUGCAUGCAUGGUAUCUUUACGUUGUUAUUGGAAAGCAAACAAGUGAGGUGAAAAACGGUUAGUUCACUGGCUUUUGAUUGGUUUGAGAUGAACUUCUACCGUUAAACGAAUCAAAAAGUUUGCCUUGUGUGUCUUUCUUGUUUGCAGAGAUUGUGACAUAGGUGCAUCACCACUAUUUCUAUAACACACAUUUGAUUGAUCAGCAAGACUACUGUGUCAUAGAAGGUGUGCAUUGUGUGAUUGAGUUAUAUCUUUCAUCAUUGAGUUUACUCUUGCUAUGAAAAUUGCGUUUAUCAAAAGUAAAAGGGGUCACUUUAUCACUAUUGAGUAGAUUUAAGAAAAAUGCCAAUCUAUAUUUGUUUACUUGUUUGUCUCCCCAACUUGGAAGUGUUUGAGUGAAUGGAUUUAGCAGCAACUGCUUACGCUUUGCUGUGUGUUUCUGAUCAGGUCAAAAGUCAGAGCAGAUUGCAUGUAUGGAAGCCAGCGAGCCAAAUAAUCAGGCUCAUGGUCUUAUGAAAAUGUUGGCAUUCUUUAAUUGACUGAAGUAGUUUUUCCAGUUUGCCUUUCCUAUUUGAAAUCUAUGAGGAAUUUGUUUGCGUUAUUUUUAAUGGCAAGAUGUGAAUGACUGAAAUAGGUUGGAAUUUCAUGGAAAAUGUCAGUGUUGGAGUCUAAAGAGUGGGGUUACACUAUUGUGAUUGAACUCCAUGCUUUACAUUUGUGUCCAAGUCUUUUUGUGUAUUUUCCCUCUAAAGAAAAAACUCCUCUUGGUCUCCUCAUGACAAACUUCAGUCUUACGAAGUAGUUUGUAUUGCUUAUUAUUAGAAAUAUUGCAAUUAGAGAGACUGUGAAGCAAAUAAUGGUAGGUUUCAGCAGGUUAAUUUUCUCUUCAUUGCCAUUAUGACUGCAUCGAUAUGUGUAAAUACUAGUGAAACUAGAAAAACUAAGUUCUCCGACUACUGUCUAAUAUCUAGCAAUAUGAUGUGCAACUAAUAUUAAUUCAUAGAAGUUUAAAAUAAUGUUUAUCAUGCCAAUUAGAUUGUCCAGAGAACUAAUGAUCUCCAUUUUUGACAUUAUUUAACAUUUUUUGUUAACCACAGUACAUACAUUGCUUCUAUCAGAGGUGCAUGCGUCCCUAACAUUCUUUGCUUUUAAGAAGGGUGCAAGAGCAUAUCAAAGCAUAUAUAGUAUAUACAGUGAUUGCCGAAAACAUUUAUAGCAUAUUGACUGAAUGGUAAAAGCCUAUAUCGCAGCCUUAGCAUUCUCUAAUUUAGAGCUUUUAUAUAAUUGGUAACUCUAUAAAUUCCAAAUCUUGCUAUAACCACAUUUUAUGAAGCAUUAACUAUUUCCUUAUAGCACACAUAUCAAAUGGAAUAUACCUUUUGUUUGGCUUGAGGUUUGUUGUUUUUAAAUUUAUCUGAUUUUCUGUGUUGCAAUUUGAUUGCUAGCUGUACCAGCUAAUUGUUCCCUCUCUCAACCCACACGCUUGCACGUGUGCAUGCACAUGCACACGUGCACACUAUAGCAGAGCAUGGGCCUUAAAUUUGUUAGGAUGUGCUUUUUCUUGGAUAAAUGAUGAUGCCAUCUAUUCUUUGAUAUUUCUACUGGAAAUCUCUGGUGAGCUAUGACUUAUAUAUGCAUCUGAUGGGGAACAUUGAAUGCAACGCUGGUUCAGGUUAGAUGCUCAGAUCAUGUCCAAAGGAGAUCAUUAAGUGCCAUAAUAGUCGUGAUUUUUACUGUGUUUUGAUUUCUAAUUCAAUGUUCUAUAGAAAAUGCUGGGUUCUGUUUAAAGCUUCAGCCUGAUUAGAAGGCUAUGUAAAUACCCUCAGGGUUGUCACCAUCCAGAAAAUGUUUUAUGAGCACACAUUCUUUGAAGACAACAUGGCAGAUAUCAUGCUUAGUUCUGGUUCCUGCUUUUUUUGGUAGGUAUAACUAUUAUGUUUAUUCCAUUUAACUUUGUGAAGUUUUCAGUUUGCAGCAGAUCAAGUUUGAUUACAAUGUUGUCAGACAAAGAUUCUGAAAUGGAUAAUUGUUGUCAUUGAGAUGUGAUGCCAACUCAAAACUGCUCCAUGCUCUUCCCUUUCGUCCUGACUGGUUCCCAGCAAAGAACUGACUAAGCAAACCCUGUUCUGGAUUUUCUAGUGAGCUUGCAGUCUGUAGAUCUGAUGCUGAACUUGCAGGGGCACAUUGUGGUAUAAAUGGUCUCUAUAGUGCAGCGAUACCAUACUGCCCAUUACAGAAUGGCUGCAAUCCCUCCAUUAGGGAUCUGCAGAAUACAAACGUAGUUUGUUAUGGAGGGCUUUCAAAUAUUUCAUUGUAUUGUAUUUCAUCCUGCACAAGUUCUGAAAGUCGCAAUUUUAGGAACUUCUAUCAUCCUGAAAGUAGAAUUAUUGAGAGGAUGCUGUUUCCUGACAAUGAUGGGAGAAGUGUGCCUAGUAUUGUACUUCCUCAUGUAUUUCCCACUAAAAAUCUUCCAUUCAUUCAUAUUUUUCCUGUUCUACUUUCUUUUUAGUUGAAAAUUUUGUGGGGGAAAAGGUUCCCAUGCCAAAAAACCUUUGUAGCCAGCACCGGCCUGCCCAGCAACCAAGCUCGCUGGUUGCAUGUAUGUGGGCCAAAUUUUAAAGCCGACGUUGCUCCCCGGCCCCCAAUUCUAAAACCAAAUUCAAUUUGAAAUAUCCAUAUACAUCUCUACACUAUUGGAGUUCGGUGUUCUGCUUUAAUGCCUGCAAUGGAGGGGAGCUGGACUCAAUAGGGUCAUCGAGAAAAUGAGCCUAGUUUGUUGGGCUAAUAAUUAGACCCAUUAGCAAUGUUUCACCCAAAUUUCCGUUAUCAAUUCAUUGGGUUGGGCUGAUACAAACUUAAGCUGGUGAGCGUUACAAGAAGGGUCCAAAUCGGGUGGCAAUCGAAUCGAAGAGAAGCGGCUUAGAAGGGUGCAACUAGGCAAAGUGAGUGACGUCUGAAGGAGGAAGACGAGUCAUGGAGGUGGAGGAGAACGGUGGUGAGGGUGAUAAAACCCGCUUCCACAGUCACUGGUAUUGGGCCAUAGCAAGCGUGGCCCAGUUCGGAUGGGCUGUAUCUUCGUAUCGAAAAGGUUAUGCCGGUGACCAUCGUUUGAUGCCCUUCAAAGCUUUCGCCGUCGCUUCUCUGUUCCUCGGAGCCUCUACCUCUGCAUCCGUCGCUUCCCUUAAAGCCUCUGGCAUUCACAAGGUGGAAGAUUUGAUGGAAGUGGGUGCAAAUAUAAGAACUGGACUUGGAAUUCGUCCCAGGGCGGGGGAUAAAUGAGUUUUAGCCUUGGUUUAAGGCCAUUUCUUUUUGAGGAUCUUUAUGGGUUUUCAUUUUUCUUUUCUUUUCUUUUUAGUGCCUUGUAUUUACUUCAAUGCAAUUAGUUUUUCAGUUCAAGUCUGCAUCUUUAUCAUAAUAAUCAAGCAAUUAACUUUAAUCUCAA